AUGCUGUCUCUUCUGCUUUAUGUUGGCCUAGCCAAUGCUGCCGUCGUGCGUAAUUCCGAAUGUGAUUUCCACAUGAACGCUGCCGGUUCUCACGGCGGACCUUUGGGCGAGCUCAAUGGUGGCCAGAUUCGAUUCGGCAAUAUUCCACAGACUACUUUUCACAUUGACGGUGACAAGAUUUGGGAUAGGAACGGCCGUGGCUGUUGGUGGACUCCUCCCACCCGAGUCCUUCAGUGUGAUACCAAUCAGCCACCUGACUCUGGAUUCACAAUUGGCUGUGAUGGAAGGGUCUCUUAUCACGGACAGACUACCUUCUAUCAAUGUGAAACGGGCGACGACAACCAGUAUAACAUUUACCUUGGCCCCAACGAAGGCAUCAACUGCGGCGAAGUUACACUGACCGCCGACGGUUGUCAUAUAGCAUGUCCUCCUCCUCCUCAACCAGCCAAGAGCUGUCCUGCCAACCUCAACGGCGCAUAUGAGUUCCCUCACCUCAUCGUCUCCGUUGACAAGUCAAACCCUGACAAGGCAGCCGGGACGUCCUUCUUUGGCGAAGUUACUUCCAGCAUAUCAUCCAUCUUUAAUUUUGAUAUCCCCGCAGCUGAUGCAGGCAAGACUUGCACCCUGGUCUUCCUCUUCCCCAGACAAGACCAACUUACUACAUCGUCUUUCAACUUUUCAGGAGAUGGCAAGAUUGACUUCUCCCUGUUGAACUCGCCCGCCACCCAAGGCACGACCUGGAACAACCAGCCUGGAAAGAAGACCGACUACGGUAUUACCACUGUCGCCCCGGGAAACAGCUACACAAUCGCUUCGUUCCCCUGCCCAGCUGGUCAGGCCAUCGGUUUCGAAAUGAGCGACUGCGGUGACACCAACUUUCGUUAUUUCCAGGAUUACAAUCCUUCGCCUAUUGGUCUAUACAUCACCAAGUGCUAA